AUGACAAGCUCAAAUACUGGUGAUGAUUUGAUAAAAUUAUCGUUGGCAAUGGAUCAAAUUGCAAAAUUAAUUCUAGAAAAGAAACAAAGCAUCGAUAAUAAUGAUGAAAUUAGUCAUAAAAAUUUGGAAACUUUUAUAAAUUUAUCAAAUGAAUUAUUUAAAGGUAAUAAAGUAAUCUUAGAUAAAGGUAAAAUUGAGAAAAUUCUGAUUAAAGAUAAAAAUAAAUUCGAUAUUAUAGAGAAUGAUAAACAUGAAAAAUUCAUAUUAUUACCUGUAAUAGAUGAUAAUGUUGAAAUUGUUGAUAAGGAUAUUAACGACGAUAGUAAACUUACAACUAAGAAGAAAAAGAAGAAGAAAAAUAAAAUCGCUUGUUCAUUUUGUAAUGAAAUUGGCCAUACCCGAGCAAACUGUCAAAAACGGUUAAUGAAACCAAUUUAA